GCGGGUGGGCGGGAGCGCCCGCGAGGCGUUGAGGGAGGAGGGAGGAGAGGGCCCAGGAGCUGCCUGGAGGAGCCGCCGCGCGCGCGCCGCCGCCUUCGCAUGCUCUUCGCGGGACUUGGUCUCCCUCGCGAAAAGCAAGCGGGCGACGCCACGACCGCCGCCUUCCCUUCGGAACAGCCGCCGCCGCCACUUUCCACGCCGUUUCCUCCCUCCACCGCCCCACGCGUGUCCGCAUUUUCCUCCUACAGCGCGCUCCGAGCUUACUUAACUCAGAUUUGGUUUGGAUGCCUUUUACAUUAAUUUGACCCACCCAUGUAAAGAAUAAACUCUGGGAGAAAUGCUGAAAAGCACUUGGCUUCCUCUUUCCAUGGAAAACUGAACGGAAUGUGUUAAUCUGUAAAAGGAGACCCUUAGAAUUUAGCUGCAGUGAUGAGUUCUGAAGAGAAAGGUAUAUCUCCUGCUCAUAGAACCUCCACACCAUCACAUAAAGCUGACUCCUCUUCAUCAUAUUCCCAGUGGGAUACUAGGCAGAGUGGUCAUGUGUUAGAGCGAAAUGCUUCUGCUGGAAGCACAGACUUGAUUAUUGGGAAACAAUUGUUAGAAAAUGAGCCAAUCGUUGUAUCUAAAGAGCCAGACAACUGGGAAAUUAUAGAAGGCUUGAAAAUUGGCCAGACUAAUGUCCAGAAGCCAGACAAACAUGAAGGAUUCAUGCUGAAGAAAAGGAAAUGGCCUUUAAAAGGCUGGCACAAGCGCUUUUUUGUUCUGGACAAUGGAAUGUUGAAAUAUUCAAAGUCACCAAUUGAUACUCAGAAAGGAAAGGUUCAUGGGAGCAUAGAUGUGGGAUUAUCGGUUAUGUCAAUUAAAAAGAAAGCACGUAGAAUAGAUCUUGACACCGAGGAGCAUAUCUACCAUUUAAAAGUAAAGUCGCAGGAUACAUUUGAUGCUUGGGUGUCAAAGUUGCGCCAUCAUAGAUUAUAUCGUCAGAACGAGAUUGUGCGAUCGCCACAGGAUGCCAAUUUCCACAUAUUCCCUUCAACUUCCACCACUGAAUCUUCACCAGCUGCUAAUGCCACAAUGCUGGAAACUAAGGUUUCACAGAAUAGUUUUCCCUGGCAACCGUCUAUCCCCUGCAGUAAUAGUCUACCUGCAACGUGUACUACUGGGCAAAGUAAAGUAGUUGCUUGGUUGCAAGAAUCAGAGGAGAUGGACAAGUGUGCAGAAGAUCUUGCACAUUGUCAAUCAAAUCUUGUAAAACUCAGUAAAAUUCUUCAGAACUUAGAAAUACUUCAGAGAACUCAGUCAGCACCUAGCUUCACAGAUAUGCAGGCUAACAGUGUAGAUAAGAAGGACAAGCGUGUCACCAGAAGAUGGAGAACAAAAAGUGUGAGCAAAGAUGCUAAAAUACAGCUUCAGGAAGGGACUGCACUGAAGGGCCAAUUCGGUACUGCACGGCGCCGGCAGAGACUAGCAGCAGCAGUGGCUACAACAGUUCCUUUCAGUACGACAAUGUCUCCUGUUCGCCUGCAUUCAUCUAAUCCUAACCUUUGUGCGGACAUCGAAUUUCAGACCCCACCAACUCAUGUAGCGGAUCCUUUGGAAAACUCCACAGACUAUCUAAAACUCCAGGAAGAAUUUUGCCUCAUGGCUCAGAAAGUACAUUCUCUUUUGAAGUCUGCGUUUAACAGUAUAGCAAUAGAAAAGGAAAAGCUGAAACAGAUGGUAUCAGAUCAUGAUUUCGCAGGACGUAACACACAGAUGAUACGUCUUCGACAAUCACUUUCUCAGGCUCUCAACCAGAAUGCUGAACUAAGAAGUCGUUUGAACAGAAUACAUUCAGAGUCUAUUCUUUGUGAUCAGGUUGUCAGUGUAAAUAUUAUCCCUAGUCCUGAUGAGACAGGUGAACAGAUCCAUGUUAGUCUCCCACUUUCGCAACAAGUUUCUAAUGAGAGCAGGCUCUCCAUGUCUGAAUCUGUCUCUGAAUUUUUUGAUGCUCAAGAAGUGCUUCUGUCUGCAAGCUCAUCAGAAAAUGAGGCUUCUGAUGAUGAAUCUUACAUAAGUGAUGUGAGCGACAAUAUAUCCGAGGACAACACUAGUGUUGGAGACAAUAUUUCUCAGCAAAUAAUGAAUGGGGAGCUAACAGGAGGUGCUUUCAGAAAUGGACGAAGGACAUGUCUUCCAACACCUUCCCCUGAUACUAGUAAUAUAAAUCUGUGGAACAUUUUGAGAAAUAAUAUUGGGAAGGACCUUUCCAAAGUAUCAAUGCCUGUAGAGCUCAAUGAGCCUUUGAAUACUUUGCAACAUCUUUGCGAGGAACUGGAAUAUAGUGAACUUUUGGACAAAGCUGCUGAAAGCGAUGAUCCCUAUGAACGUAUGGCCCUUAUUGCUGCCUUUGCAACUUCAGGAUAUGCUUCCACUUACUACAGAGCAGGAAGCAAGCCUUUUAACCCUCUCCUUGGUGAGACUUACGAGUGUAUCAGGGAAGACAAGGGAUUUCGAUUUUUCUCAGAGCAGGUUAGCCAUCACCCACCCAUUUCUGCCUGUCACUGUGAAUCAAAGAAUUUUGUGUUUUGGCAAGAUAUUAGAUGGAAAAACAAAUUCUGGGGGAAAUCGAUGGAAAUACUGCCAAUUGGAACUCUGAAUGUGACACUUCCUAAAUACGGUGAUUGCUAUGUUUGGAACAAAGUUACUACUUGCAUACAUAACAUCCUGAGUGGAAGGAGAUGGAUAGAACAUUAUGGAGAAGUAACAAUCAGAAAUACAAAAAGCAGUGUCUGUAUUUGUAAGCUCACAUUUAUCAAGGUGAAUUACUGGAAUUCUAAUGUAAAUGAAGUUCAAGGUAUUGUCAUGGACCAAGAAGGAAAAGUGGUACAUCGCCUUUUUGGGAAAUGGCAUGAAGGAUUAUAUUGUGGAAUUGCACCUUCAGCAAAAUGUAUAUGGAGGCCUGGUUCCAUGCCAACAAAUUAUGAGCAUUACUAUGGCUUCACAAGGUUUGCCAUUGAGUUGAAUGAGUUAGAUCCUGCACUGAAAGACCUUCUUCCAAAAACAGAUGCUCGAUUCAGGCCAGAUCAAAGGUACUUGGAAGAUGGAAAUUUAGAAGCAGCAGCAACAGAAAAACAAAGAAUUGAAGAACUCCAGAGAUGCCGGAGACGUUAUUUAGAGGAAAAUAAUAUGGAACAUGUACCAAAAUUUUUUAAAAAAGUUAUUGAAGCCAAUCAGAGAGAAGCAUGGGUUUCUAAUGACACCUAUUGGGAACUCCGAAAGGAUCCUGGCUUUAGUAAAAUAGAAACACUCAAACUCUGAACGUGACUUGUGUCCAUGCCCAGGAUUGUCCAGUUUUCAUCCAAAUCAACAAAUGAAUUGCUCCCCUAUAAAAUCAUAUAUAUUGUAAAGUUCUUUUUGUGACUUACCUUAUUUAUCAGGAUUUUUAAAAGACAAUAUUGAGCUCCAUAUUUUUGACAUUAUAUGUAUUCGAAUAAGAAACAGUAUUACAAAACAGUAUGCUACAAUUUAUCAAUUGCUUUUUUUUCUUAAAGAUAAAAAGCCUAAUCCAGUAGAUUAUUAGUCUCCCUCAAAUUGUUUUUAGCUAGAGCCAUCCAGGCUGCAUAAAGCUUGGUGCAAAAGAAAGAUAUUGUGAUCUGGCACAUCUAGAGCGAACCAAGUUGGAAUCAGCAGCAGUAAAUGUCAGUUAGAAAAUUUGCAAAUGUUGAAAUUGAAUUGAAUGGAAUUAGAUCUUAAUUACACCACCCUAGUGCAGUGUUUCCCAAACUUGACAAUUUUAAGGCAUGUGGACUUCAACUCCCAGAAUUCCACAGCCAGCAUUGCCGGCUGUGGAAUUCUGGGAGUUGAAGUCCUCAUGCCUUAAAAUUGUCAAGUUUGGGAAACACUGCCCUAGUGCCAUCAAAUCAUGGCUUUUCUCUGUUUCCUUUUGUAGCUUAAUUCAAAGAAGUAAUUGGUAUUAGGAAGAAUGCUUAGGGUCCUGAAGUAUCAACAAGCCACAAGUCACUUUCAAAAGUAUCUCCAAAGACAAAAUACAGUAACAGUUCCUUUUUUGACUCACCAUGAUAUUAUACUAUCAAUUAUUCAGAAGUGUGCCUCUUCUGAUAAAUGUCAUGCAAUGUACCAUUUGUGAGAAAACUGACUUCUAUACACACAGCACUUUUAAAUCACUUUUGACGUUUCAGAAAGUUUUUUUUAGUGUUGCAAUUUGAUUGCAAUCUAAUAUUGUAAAGAUUGCAGUGAUUCCCAAUUUCUGCAGUGAACCCUAUGACUGAAGAGAUUUGAACCUUACUUUCAGCAAUCCCAACUCAAUAUUGCCUUUAUCCCACUACCCAUGUUGAAGCUAAAUACGAAGAUUGAAUAUUGUGAUACUUGCACAGGAUCAUUUUGCAAAUCUCUGUGGUCUUUAUCCUCAGCCUUGAAUAUGAAAACUCAUGUAUACCUUUAUAAAAAUGCCAUUGAAUAAAAAGACCAUUGUUUUUAAUAGACUAGCCUAUUAAAUGUCAAUCUGCUUGUUAAUCCCUCAGAAUACUUAGAUAUUGCUGAAUAUGUUAGGUUCUAGAUAUCUUCUAGACAAAAGUUGUACCUCCUUGGAGCCAAAUAAGGUAACGUAAGAAGGGAAGCCAAGAGAACAAUAUUUUUUAUAUUCUUACAGCAUUGUAGAUUUAAAAAAUUAGGGGUACCAUUACAAUUAGCUAAUUUGUUAUUAACUCUGCACAAAAGACAGAAUAUAUAUUAGUAUAGCAUAAAAAAUCACGUUUCUUUCUGCGAUUGAAAAAUCUGUAUAUUAAUUAUGUUUGGGAACAUACAGUAUCCAGUUCCUUGGAAGCUGGGGAUAAUUUUUUAAAAUAUAUAAAUGUAUGCUCUAGCAUGCGAUAACCAGUGAUUUAGAGAAUUUUCACACAAGGCAAAUUAAGCUUCUUGGCUCCCUUCAAAGGAAAUAACAUGGUUGGGAUUUUAGAGCCUAUGUUUAUUUAACUUAUUGGGAUGCUGGUCUGUGGACUGGCACCCGUCCACGGCAUGCCAGAAACCGGGCCACGCAAACAAAGCCCCAUCCACGGGAUGAGGCAGCAUGCGAAACUACGCCUUCUCCGGUCUAUGGAAAAACCUCUCUCCACGGAACCGGUCUCUGAUACUCAAAGGUUUGGGAGCCGCUGCUGUAAAAAAUUUAACCAGACAGUGAUUAAAAAUAUGGCUAAUUUUCAAAGAUGAAAUAGUCAUGUAAACUGGUUUUUAGACGGAACAGUUGAUAUUAAAAAGCUGCGUGAUCAGUUGUACUUUUUCUGAAGCCUCUCCCAUUUCCUUGUGGACAUCAUAGUAUUCAAUGAUUGGGAAUUAAAUAUUGUUGCCUGUUCAGAUUGCUUUGGACAUCUUGGACAAUAGUGAAUACAUUUGUGAAUACUUUAUAACCAUCUAUAAUCUUGCAGCACUGUGUCUUACAGUGUGAUUGGAACAAGUCUUCUUAAUCAGUUUUGGUUAAACAAACAUCCUAAAAAACAUGACAGAGUUUUGGGAAUAGUUUAGCCAGAACCAUUUUUAUCCAUUCUUAGGACUUGGAUGAAGCUCAGAUCACAUCGUAUGUCACAAAUAGAGGAUUAUAGAUAUUCAACAUUUUAAAACCUACAGUAUUUCUGUGCUGCUGCAAUCAAAAUAACAUUUAUUGGCUUAUGUAAAUAAUUCUAAGUGGAACACAACCUUUCUCUUAUCACUAGCAAUGGUACGUUUUCAUUGUAUUUGAUGGAUAAAAUGUUGCAUUUCCUACAAUUGUAAGAAAUUUAAGAAUACUUAAAAAUUGCCUUAAAAAUGAACUGAAUUGCCCACGCUUAUUGUGUGAGCAUUAUUGUAUGAGCAAACUGAUGUCAUUUUGAUCUUAUGUGCACCUAUUUCUUUCACAUUAAAAAAUAUUCAUUUACGUUCAAUAUGAUUGAUAUGGCACAUAUUUGUGAUUUACAAACUCAAUGAGACAUUCUACUGUAUUGUGCUUGCCAUUGAUUGUAUUGAAUUCUACCAAUUAAUACUUUGAAAAUCCCAACAAAUAAAAAAUUACAGUUGCUUAAAGGCUGCAUUCAUAUCUAGUACUGAAUAAGGCACAUUUAAUGUAAAUUAUGGAUUAUGGCUCUACUUGCAUUAUUAAUUGGACAUAUUUAAGAAAUAAGCAAUGGAGUUUUUUCUCAAACAAAAACAUACAAUUUGUAUUGUUUAAAACAAUUUAUUAAAGAAUGACACAUCUAAUGAAAAAA